AUGAAUAUCGUCAGUAAAAUAUACCUAAAAGACAUUGAGCAUAUCACUGAUGAUUCACAUCUCAAAGUAUGGGUGUUAAAGAUUUGGAAUUUUAUAAAAAAAAACCAAGUUUUAUCAAUUGAAAUGAUCAUCAUGGACGAGGAGGCUACCAAAUACCAAUCACGUGUGUUCAGCCAAAAUUUUUCUAGAUUUCGUGACCUUAUAAAGGAAGGUGAAAGUUAUAUCAUUUUAAAAUCAAACAUGGCGGCUGUUAAAAAUGUUAAUGGUCUUGUGUUUGCUGAUUUUAACUCUAUCAUCGAACAGAAAUGCACAAGAGACUCAUUCUUUGAUGUUAUUGGGCAAAUUGUCUCAUUUAGGCCUCUUGAGACAACCAAUCCUAACCCAUCAAGACAUUACAUAAAGAUAACUAUUACCAACUUACAUUCUGUACACCUCAAUGUCACUAUAUUUGGAAGUCAGGCACACCAAAUGUCACAGUAUUUGAAAAGCAACACCACGGUUACUUGUGUUGUUAUAGUGAUGCAGUUUGUCAAGCUUAACGUUUGGAAUGGAAUUGGUCAAGCUCAAAGUCACUUCGAUGUAACGAAGAUGUUCAUUAAUUCUGACAUCGUUGAAAUUAAUCAAUUUAAGAAAGAGUUGAAAGCAGAUAACAAUGGUGGUAUGUUGGGAAAAAAAAACAGAACUACACUUCUAAGCUACUCUUCUUCUUAUAUGGACGAUUUCAAAGGGAAUUUCCGUUUAAAAACUGUUUGUGAAAUCACAGAACCACUAAAGGAAAAGAAAUUUCUAUUAGUUGGUUCAAUUGUGAAUAUAAGACAAACUCUACCUUGGUAUAUAAUUCCAAUCAAUGUACAAGAUCAUACUGACACCAUUGGACUAACUCUUUUUGAUAGAGACGCAAAAAGGCUGUUGGAUAUAAGUGCAUUCGAGUUGAAAAAAAUCCAUGAAGCGGCCGGUGACAGUUUGCACCUAUUUCCAAAUCAAAUGAACGUUUUGAAAAACAAGAAGUUUGCCUUUAUUGGGGAUAUCACAUCAUACAAUGUGAUCAACUAUAACAAUAUCUACACCGUUGUCAAACUUACAGAAGAUGUCUCCAUUGUUUCGGACUUGGAAAGUAAACUAGAAGUUAUGAGUGUUCAAUCAGUCUCCUUAAAUGAAGUACCACUACAAUCAGAUGAUGUUGUUCAAACUGUUGAAAAGGAUUUCAUAUUACAAACAAAUGAGAGUUUUACUCCCGCAACAGUUGAUAAAUCAUCGGCAACAAAUCCAAUGAAAAUAUCAUCUGAUUUGAAGCGCAACCUCCAUGACAUUUAUGAUGUUGAUAAUGGAAUUGAUUUUAGUUCAACUAAAUCCAAAAUAAAAUCAAUGGGAGAUGGAAAUCCACUUUUAGUUCCAAAAGUGGAAAAGUGA